GACCUUGUCAAGAUCAAGGUCAAGACCAAGGUCACUUUGCCGGUACGAGACACUCAAAAUGGGAGACCGAAAAUUCUUUGUCGGAGGAAACUGGAAGAUGAAUGGCCUGAAGGCCGAUAUUGAUGUCAUUGCUGGUUUUAUGAAUGCAGGCAGUUUAAGUGAAAAUACUGAUGUUGUAGUAUCUCCACCAGCUAUCUACCUGGAGUACACACGGGAAAAGUUGAAUCCCAACAUUGGUGUUGCUGCACAAAACUGUUAUAAAGAGGGCAAGGGAGCUUUUACUGGUGAUAUCAGCCCCGAAAUGAUAAAGGACUGCGGAUGUAAUUGGGUAAUCCUCGGCCACUCUGAAAGGAGAAAUGUGUUUGGUGAAAAUGAUCAGCUGAUCGGUGAGAAGACUAAGUACGCCCUCAGUCAAGGACUUGGUGUGAUUGCCUGCAUCGGGGAAAAGUUAGAUGAAAGGGAGUCCAAUAAAACGGAGGAAGUGGUGUUCAGACAGACAGAGGCUCUGAUAGGAAACAUUAAAGAUUGGGGUAAGGUGGUGUUAGCCUACGAGCCUGUGUGGGCCAUCGGAACAGGUAAAACUGCCACACCUGAUCAGGCCCAGGAGGUACAUAAAGCACUAAGGAAAUGGCUCGCUGGCAAGGUGUCAGAUGCUGUGGCUCAGAGUGUUCGCAUCAUUUAUGGAGGAUCUGUCAAUGCUGGGAAUUGUCAGGAACUCGCCAAAAAAGAAGACAUCGAUGGAUUUCUGGUUGGCGGUGCUUCUCUAAAACCUGACUUUGUGAAAAUCAUCAAUGCCAAAGAUUAACUGAUCAUCUACUCCUAUUGAUUAGGUGUAGGUCGUAUAAUGAUGGAACAGGGCUAGGAAUGGAGCUGUUGACUGGUAACAACAAGGGAUCUGGAUUAGCCUUGUCAUGCUUUUGUUUUCCUCGCAGAAAAGUUGCUAAACCGAAUGAGAUUAUCUUCAUUUCAAGGAGACUGCAGAAUAAAGGUUAUUUUCACAACAGAAUAAGUAUGUCGCUUUCUUCCAGUGCUUUAGGGAAUGAUUGAACUUUAUGCCUGAACCAGCAGGUUUAUCUCUAGUUUGGUAAGACCACGUUGAUAGUAGACAAUCCUUCACGGUAAACAAUUUGUCUCGUAGGUAUAGAAACAUCGGCAUUUUUAAACUUUAACAUUGCAAUGUUUCGUUUAAAAGUUGUUUGUAGAAGUAUAUGUGUGUCACCUUGUUUUCAAAAUUAUGGUAGCUAAAAAUUCCUUUUGGAUGUAGAUCCCCGCCCCCUUCUCAACGCUUGAUGGCUAGUAGCCAUUGUUACAUUAUAUAUUUUGUUUUAUUAUGUAUCGCAUUAAAACGUCAUUUUAUGUGUAAACAAUUCAAUGAACCAAAAUAAAAUUUCUUUGAAACUGUU